AUGUCCUCGGGCUCGGAGCAGACGAGCGGGAGCUACAAUGGGGAUUCCAUGAAUGAAGGCUCAGACAGGCUCGGCUCCACCGUAAUAGAUGAUCCAGGUGAUCCGGCAGACGUGGAAACUGCUUCGAGGACAUCUUUCGAAGAAAAGGAGUUGUCAGGCACUUCGGAGUUGAACAAGUACCUCUCUGUGUACGACCAGACUUUCGACAAAAUCCAGAUCCCACCUGAUGUGGUGGAAGAGGUGCAGUCGGGACUGGUCGCCUUCAUCUCCACAGUUGGCAGCAAAGAGGCGGCCGGUGAGGCCAUCUACUCGGCCGUUUUCGAGGCUGCACCGAGCCUUCAGGUGCUGUUCAAAACUCCAAGAUCUGUGAUGGCACUUCGCUUUGUCACAGCUCUUGGUGCCCUGGUAAACGCUGCUGGUAAGCCGGGGCAGCUUAAAACUCAAGUGGAAACCGUUGGUUUCCAGCACCUAGACAUUGAAGUCACUGGUCCUCGAGUGGACAUUUUCCGCGAAGCUAUCCUGGAGCUGUUUGAUCAGGAGCUUGGCGCCAAGUUGAGCGAAAAAGCCAGAUUCGGUUUUCAGCUUUUGCUGAAUUACACCGGCGGAGCUCUAAUCUAUAUCCGACGAGAGUAUGCCGUGAGAAUUCGAAUUAUCCAGACUAGCUGGAGGUCUGCCAACAAGAAGGCGGCCGGAAUUACCGACGUCGCAGAUGUUGGCGACGGCAAAACGCCCUCAGGCAGGCUGAAAGGCAAAUCCGUCGAAAUUGGCGACGAUAAUGAUUCAAUUGUGGCAGAGGCGGAUGGAGAGGGCGUGGCUAUUACAAAGCAGACUGACGGAAUGAUGGUCCCCAGUUCGUUCAACGACAUGUUUCUGUUCAAUGCGGCAGUUAUGGGCCUGACAAAUCAUGACUGGAUGACUUUGAUCCUGGACCAGCUUGAUGCCAUCGCGAACAACGUCGCAAAUCCAUACCGCUUGCAGGAAGAAUGCGAUGUUCUCGCACUGGUUCUUUCUAAGUACCAGGGCACCUUUGUGCUAUCCGAAUUCAAAGCGGUUGUUCUGGCAUCGCUGCGCUCCCUGGUCUCCACUGAGUGGGACUCCGAACAUGAGGUGGCGUGGAACUGGCUGUGGCAGAAUGUGGAGCGACUGCUAAAAGCGGUUCUUGGAAAGCCACCCGUGCAUGAAAAAGCAUUGUCAGAUUUGUUUAUGAGCCUCCCCGAAGCCUCGAUGGCAUCCAUUCGGCAAGAGUUUUUCUUGCAUUUCUUCAAAGUCGCCCCGGCCGGCUCUGAUUUCUUCAAGCAGUCGUCUACCAGACUAUAUUUCAUCGCGGACAAGAUCAUAGAACUGACUCUGGAGAUGUAUCGCCAGCCUCGUGCGAUGGUUGAGGACAUUUCUGGUUUAGGCCUCCGACAUGUUGGAUAUUCCAUUCCUUCUGAGCUAUUCUCUCCCUUCGUGACCUCCGCUGUGGAUGUGUUUCGGGAGAUCACCACCAGCGAGACAGCCAUUGCGGGGUUUCAGUGGUCGCUUACGCUUGUUUCCAAAAUCCUGGUGAGGGCCAUCUCAGAAGGAUCCACAGUUGUUAUGAAGGCUAUCAGCACAAAUGACGAGGUGAGCCUCAAGAAGGCAAUGGCACUAUCGCCCCGGGGCAAGCGGGCCCAGGAACUCCUCAACAUCUCAGUGGGUGCGCAGUCAAUCUCGCCCUUCUAUUGGUCAAUAAAGAGCGGUAAUUUCAAUAGCGCAAAGGCCAUACUCGACGACUUGCUCACCAUUCGAGCAGAUCGGGAUGUUUAUUAUUUUGCGUGUGAUGACCUUUUCGCGCGGCAUCCUGAUGUUGUUCAGUAUUUGAUUACCGACGUUCCUGCGCUGCUGCAUCCGCUUUUUAGUGGCCUCGUUUGGAGAUCUCGCUGGAUCAACAAAGGCUUCAGACGAGUCAACUACUACGUCAAGCAUCUCGUGCAGGACCUAGAAGGAGGUUCCAGCGAGACGCUGAGCUGGCUAGAGGAGCACGGCGACCCUGGCAUCAUCAGUCAUCCUGCAGUCGUGUUCUUUUCGGACAUACUCUGGGAUGGCAUCAUCAAGUAUCACUUCCUGAGAGGGAGAAUCCUUUUUCUCAUCUCCUUCAUGGUCUUCUUGGUCAGCCAAUCCGUUCUAUCGGCUACGGACGACGCAGAGCGUCCAGAAGCACUUCGAAUAGCACUGUUCUCCUGCAGGGUUUUCAUCUACGCUUUUAGCAUGCUGAAAAUCCUGUACGACCAGAUCAAGAUGUUUUGGUCGGAUUGUAGAGGAGGCUACGUCGAGCGGUACUGCUGCUGUCCAGUUCCUCAAUAUUUGCGGGAAUGGCAAGGCUUUGGAAGCUUGAUUCUGCUCUGGCUCCUGAUCCUGAUGGGAACUCAAGAGCCGGUGUUUUGGUGCCUUGGUGGGGACGAGCUGUUCACAACAGCUUGUGCUGAGGGCUUGGCCCGCAGGCGAAUCUACUCUGUGUUCUCCAGUUUGGCUAUGAUGCUGUUCUGGGCAUUGCUUGUGAACAUGUCCGUUUUCUCAAUGCGAAUAUCGGCGUUCAUCCUGGUGUGUGGAAGAGUUCUGUCAGAGGUGGGCCUCUUCUUGUUGGCAUUUGUCUUUAUCAUCUUGGCCUCGGCUUCCUCCAUCAGUGCGCUGGAGCAGGGUGGCCAAAGCGAUGAGGACUUCUCUGGAAUUCCUUCUGGUUCUCUUACUCUGGCAGAGAUUGCCCUCAACAUCUACUCAGGGACGGCCUUGGCGCACUUGCGAAGUGACAUGGUCCUGCUUGCAGCGGUCUACGCCUUUUGCAUCCUUGUAUCUAUCUUCCUCAUCAGCCUCCUGGUGGCGCAACUGAACCAAGCCUAUCAGCAUGGCUUCCAAGACAUGCAGGGUUUUGCGCGCCUGAACAGGGUGCACAUAAUCGUUUCGACCUUGGAAAACAUGUCAAGCAAGAGCUGGAUUCGCUUCUUGGACUCGCUGCACUUCGAUGAGCGUCUUGAGUUCAAUGAGGGCGAUGUGGGAGUGGCUGGGGGCAUCCAGGUCCUAGAGCCGGCAAGCCAACACCCGACAAGUGUGGAGUCCAUCCGCCGCUACGGAGGGUCCACGGCGCCUUCCAUGCCUUGGCCGGAAGAGCCAGGCGAUUACGGCCAAGAGGAUAAAUUUGAAAAGCUGGAGAAGCUCAUCAUACGAACUACAAAGAAUCUGAACAAGGGACGCGACAAUCACCGACGAAAUGCUGGUGGCAUGAGCGGGGCUUCGUCCAUGGCUAUGUCAGAUGGAUCCAGCAAGUCCAGUGGCAGUGAGGGGGGGGAUUCCUGA